AGCGAGCCGCGAUACAGCUCAUGGUCAUGGGGUCACAUAACACAAGAUCUCUUCUACGUCUCUGGUCUUUUUGAAGAUAUAUAAAGAGCUCUUUCUCGUCACCUUUUUCACCAGAAAUACUGACCUGAUAAGAUGCCCCGAGAGAUCCUCAUAGGAUUUGGUGUUGAUGUAGACGCUGUGGCUGGCUGGCUAGGCUCAUACGGUGGCGAAGACUCGCCCCUAGAUAUAUCUCGUGGAAUGUAUGCGGGCGAAGUUGGCGUUUUACGAGUGCUGAAGUUGCUUGACAAAUACAACAUCAAAGCUACCUGGUUUAUCCCAGGCCAUAGCUUGGAAACGUUCCCAAAAGAGAUGGCAGCUGUCAGGGACGCAGGUCAUGAAAUCGGACUCCACGGCUAUUCACAUGAGAAUCCAGAUUCAUUGACGCCAGAGCAACAACGUGACAUUCUUAAUCACACUUACAAACUGCUCACAGAUUUCAACCAUGGAGUACCCCCAAAGGGCAAUGUGGCACCGUGGUGGCAAACAAGCAAGGAAGGUGUCGCCCUCCUCCUAGAGAAAGGAAUCGAGUACGAUCACUCGAAUAUGUCUCGCGAUUCUCAGGCGCACUACCUUCGUGACCAAGAUACGUGGACUAAAAUCGACUACAAGGCGAAGGCGCAUACGUGGAUGAAACCUCUUAAGAGGGGGAAAGAAACAGGUCUCGUUGAAAUACCUGCUAGCUGGUACCUCGAAGACAUGACACCGAUGAUGUUCAUGAAGGCUAGCUCUAAUUCUCAUGGAUGGGUACUUCCUCAAGCUGUCGAGCAGCUUUGGAAAGAUACCUUCACGUAUCUUUACAGGGAAGAACAAGAUUUCAUUUUCCCGCUAAGUAUCCAUCCGGACGUGGGCGGACGUCCGCAGGUACUACUCAUGCUGGAACGAUUCAUCGAAUGGAUUAAUGCUCAUGACAACGUGAAGUGGGUUACAUAUCAUGAGAUGGCAGAAAGUUUUAGGGCGAAGAACGACCCCCCUCCAGGUGCUGUGAUGCCAAAGGGAUAUGUGAAAUAUAAAGCACGGCUGUAGUAGAAUUGAUUCUGACACGCUAGCUAGUCGAAAAUCACUCAUGAAGUCAAAAGC